AUGACUGCGUCAUUUGGCAGAAGCAGAGGCAAUCAAUUCAAGCCCAAGCGACCACCCGCCACGCCGAAGCCCGUCGCGGACGACGGCGGGACCAGCAGCAACGUUGGCAGUGGCCGCAUUUCGCACAAGCGAUACGGCGGGGGCGGAGGCGGCAGCGGCGGUAGCGGCGGAAGCAGCGGAAACACGGAGCCGUUCCCCGUUGCCGGCGCGGACGCCGGCGCCACGAACGUCACCUCUGGUGGCGCCGGUACUACGAUCACCACCCCAGGGACGCCAGGGGCGACGCCCGAUGCAGUCGGUAGCUCAACCGCGAAGACAGGGGUCAUGCUGUGGCCGACAGGAAUGCUGGCGAGAGGGGGUGUGGGUGGCAGCGGUAGUGGUGGUGUCGGUGUCAAUAGCAGAGGCUUCACGCCUGUCAGUGUUGUGCCUACCACCGGUCCCAGACGCGUGGCCACUCCGCAACAGGGGGGAAGAGAGGCGCCGACCGGGAAGACCGCGGACCAGCUGGAGGAAGAGGCCCGUGCUUUCGUGUUGCGGGUCAGAGAUGUGUCGAAGUACGCCUGGACAGAGUACACUCAAGCUGCCAACGCGGGGACGUCCUGCAGUCGCGGGGUCGCACAACUGAAUGCUGGCCUACGCGGCGAUGGAGGUGGCGGCCACGAUGGCGGCGGAAGCAUGGCCAUCGGGGCAACAACAACUCUGCGCUCUUGUUCACCCAGUGUGAGCCCCCGCCCUUCCGGUGGCACGACACGCGUGGGCUAUGCUCGAGGUGGAGGAGGCCGCAGUACUCCCGCGGCAGGGGAAACACCCCCCGCCAACCCCCUCCAGGCCACGUUCCUCAACCGGGUAUGCCUCUUGGACAUCGACGACAAGCACAAGGCGACCCUGCACCGUCGCUGGAAGGCGACUCGGACGUGGUCUUGGGGCUACGAGAAACAGCGGCGUUGCAACAAGGCCGCCGAAGAUCGCGCGAAUGAAGAGAGGAAAUCAAGACGAGCGAGGGAGGCGGCAGCAAGGGUAACCGCUGAUCUGGAGGCGGCAAGGACAGCGGCGGCGGCGGCGGCGGCGGCUAUGAAGACAAAAACCGAGUCACUGGAGCACCUUGCACAUUUUCGACAAACGCCGGCGGCGCCAAUUUCCCUCUCGGCCCAGCGUUCGGUGCAAAGGCCAGGAGGAGGUGAGGUAAGCCCGAGGAGACGUGGCAUGGGCUCUGGGAGCUCCGCUUUCAGAAGGAGCUCCGCGUGGAUGUGGCCGAGGAGGCAACCUUCCAGCACACCAGGAGCACGAACUGAUGGCGAGUCGCCGCAGCAGCAACUCGACAAGGGGCGCGACCGUCUUAUUAGCGGCCAAGACCGAGGGCCUCACAUGACUGGCACGAUACGGCCACCCGGAGGAAUGGACGACCCCGUCCGAAGAAGUACACCAGCGGCGGAGGCAAGGGAUCUUCGGCCCAAGGGAUCGGCGUCCGUCGGUCAGAGCAUCAAAACGGAGGCAGCCGGGGCUUCCAUUACGGCGACGACUGCGGAGGAUAUCGAGCUCCCCGAUGUGCGCCAGGUGCAACAGGUGGAGAGCAAGGAGGUGUUUGUCCCAGCAGACAGAGAGGUAGAAGCGCCGCGGUCCGUGGACUGGGCGCGCGAUAUCUGGAGCCAGUGCCGCCUCCAUCGGAUUUCCACAAGCCCGCUCCUCUUGCCCAUGGCAUCGUCCACCCUCAGCGGCUUUGCGGUGAAGGCUUCGGCCACAGGUGAUCACGAUGGGGGUCAGGCAGAAGCAGAAGCAGCUUUUCUUGAUCGAAUGGGUUUGAGGCAGGGUGUCGGCCCUGUUGGACGAGACUACACCAGUGGAGAAGGCCAGCCCGAUUCCGCGAGGGGAAACUCCGGGACAGGAUCCAUUUUCCUCGGGAAUGUCAGCGAGACGGAAUGGGGGGCGAGCAGCUACAACUCGCUGGGAAAUCCGCAACACACCGGCAGCGUUGCCGGAGAAGCCAGCGUCCGCGAGCUUUCGGGAGACAGGCAGCUGAGGCAGUCUUCGGAAGAGGAGGAAGUAGACCUCCAGCGCAGCCGGAGCGCUACCAGCUCGGGCAUUGGACGCGAGAGCACUGACAGUAACGUCGGGUCGGACGAGAGGUGGGCCGUCGCGGCGACACCGACGCUGGGGACUCAGCCUGGUAUACAUCGGGGCAGCUUGUUGAGGGGGAUCGGUAGUGGCGGGACCGUUGCUCAGGACGGGGAAACUGACGCCGCAGGAGCGGCAGAGCAACGUCGAACUCGGAGCGUAUCUCUUGCCGGCAUUGGGUUCGGGUGUGACGGAGGUUCCAUAGGCGGAGACACUGGUGGACCCGCGCCCUCCUCCUUUCGAAGGAAGUCCUCCGCCGUAGAUAGGCCUGUGCUGGAAGCUGCUGCCACACCCGAACCAGCAAUAGCGUCGAUGUCGGGAACGGGAGAGCACGUGGCCGUCGACAGCAGUGGGCGGGACGAUGUGGAAGCCGAGUGGGGCGCAACACUCGCCCGCCAGUUUGUCCUCGCGUACUCCUCGUAUCUCAUCGAGUCCCUCGGUUUUAUGCCGGUGACGGAGGAAGCCACCAUCGUCUCCGCGGUGAAUUCCAACACAGACACGGAUGUGAAAUGCGGGACGCGUCCCAUGUUCACUGGGCACCCAGUGACUUCUGCCUCGGGGCCCACCGUCGAUGCGAAAGGCUCGGGGAAGGCCCCAAAGGGUGACUGCGGGGCCCCGGUAAGCGACCAACUUUGCAGCCCGGCUACGCUUGGUAGCGGCGGUGUGCUCUUGGCCCACGCGCUUCUGCGGCUACCCCUUGAACUUACCAACACCGUCGCCCUAGUGGAGGUGAGUGUUAUGGUUGCUCCUCGUACGAGCACAGCUGCCGCGGCCCUCCGGUCGCGGCAGCCCAUGCAGGCCUCUGUCAAGUUUUGGACUCUGGACGUCAUGGAGCCAUCCGGCGGUUGGGAGGGCGAUGGCCCCAUUGGCGGUAGCGUCGAGGGUCAGGGUGCACCGAAGUCUUGGUGGGCCAACCUUCCCACGCUCUCGAGCUUUAAGUGGAAUCUGGACCCCAACAACCCAACAUUUCACGGGACGGAGUUGCCCGACGAGCUCCCCCAUGAAAUGUACCGCGUUAUCCGUAAACUGCGCCUCCGCAACGCUGUGGAAGACUUCUUGGUCGGCCAGGUGGAAGCUGCGUUGAUGUCGUCAGCUGCAACGGACUUGGAGACAGCAGCGGACGCGCCUCCGAAGGAGCAGCUCCGAAUCCUUUUUGCCAUCAACGCGCACGGCAUCCUUUCCCGCAUGGCCGCCGAAAACGACGCCGCGUACUUCGAAGGUAGCAGGCCCUGCGACAACGACGAUCCGCCCGCUGUCACGCGGGAGGUAAUAUCGAUCGAGUUGGAUGCCGAACGGGGCCCGCUGCUCUCUGAAGCGUCUCCUUCCCCGCGGCGACCCUCUGCGGCGCGCUCCGCCCCGGUCUCGCCCGGACCGGUCGUGGUGGCGCCAGCCUUGGCGUUGCGGGGUGGGGAAGACGCAACCACACCGGCACGGGGGAAAGAUGCGGUGACGCCAACCUCCGCGGGGUCAAAGACCACUCCCAUUCGCGCGCCCAUUCCACGCAGGCAGCAUCGGGAGUCGCCAUACCUUGGUGGGUCACGCCCUCAAGAGCAGCAUCAACAGCAUCCCCAAGAAUACGACCAGGGUCAUGGCCACGAACGCGCACACCUCCACCCGUCGGAUUCUCGGAGUCCGAUCUCACCGACGCCGCUAGUAGGUGGGGAGAGCUCUGGCAUGACUAUCGACGGCAGUGCCGGCGGUAUCGGCGGUACCGGCUGCGGCCAUGGUGGCGGAGAGGUCGAGGAUGAUACGGAAACAGAGGUCGACGCGGAGACGAAUAGGUUCAUGUGGCACCUGUAUCGCAACGCAGAACUGUACGGGCUCACCUCGCAACCGACGCUGCAGUCUGCGACAAGGCCGAUCCUGUCCGGCACUAUAAUGGCUAGGGAACUGGCGAUGGGGUCCUCGUCAACUUGUACCGGGACCCACGGAGAGGACGGCCGCGCCAUGGUUGACAACUCCGCCGAGAGGGGAGAGGAAGGUGGGAUGCGUGAGACGACGGCGGGUGCCAAAAGGACGAAGCCUGAGACGUUUCCUGUGUGCACGUUCGUGUUGACGACGCUGGAUGACCACGACAAGAGGGCGACAAGGCGUGCAAAGUCCAGCGGCAACGGCGAUGACAGGACCGCAGCGGCAGUCGACGGAAGCCUCGACGUUGUACUUUUCGUAGUUGAGGGUGCCCGACCCAUGUCCUGCCGCUCGUGGGAGGGCGAGGGCACCGCCGCGACCAGUGUCAGCGGGCGCGACUGGUGGAACGACGGCCCUUUCCCGGAGGAUAUCGCCCAGCAAGCAAGCCAGCUGGUGGAACGGCUGCUGCGCCUGGCGAUAGCUAAAAGAAGGAAGGACACCGCAUGGGAGCUCUUCAACCAAGAUAACCCGUGGUGGCCUCUGUACAAGAAUGCGAUGGUGCUCCCCUCAAGGCGUGAGGAACGCACUUCGAGCCCGGCGCCUCAAGCGGUACCGCCUCUGCCGGACUCAUGGCACCCGCCGCUCGCCUGGCUCUCGCCCCCUCCCCAGGUCGCAGCAGGUGCCAGUAGCAGGCACCAUGAGACCCCGUUCCUGCGCGCACCCUCGCCGGCGCUGUCCUUCACUAGCAUCGGGACCGGCUUCAGCCUGAGCGGCUACGAGAACGUAGGACUCGAUGAAGGUAGCAUCUUGCCUCCCGUGAGCGAGCUGAACCUGCGAGAUCUCCUUGAGGUUUCGGUGGUAACCCCGCUCGGCGUCGCUCUGCCUACCCUCCGCGGAAUCAUCGACCCACGGCACGGCGUGGACUGGGGCGGGUGGUUCCAACAUCUGGCGGUUUCGCCUACCUUCCGCACUAUCGUGUUCGAAGACUGGGAUGGAGUGUUGGCACCAGCAGCGGCUCCUUCUGGUUGUGCAUUCAAUGCGGCUUUUGCAGCAGUGGAAGCGGAAGAAGGCGCUAUUGGUGGCGAAGGCGCCAUCCCGAGAUCCUCAAGUCGAACGCGGUGCGCGUUGCUAGCUCUCCCGAUGCUACCUGCGCGUGAGAGUGGCGUGGAGGAGGCGGGUGAUCACAAUGUCAGAGGUGGUGACGGCGGGGAUGGUGGGGGAGAAGGCGGCAGCGGCGGCGGCAGCGGCGGCGGCCGUGGCGGCGGUGAUGGUGCUGUCAAGGAGGACACGCGUGGAGUGGGGCCGUGGGUGGGAUCAUUGAGCGUUAUCGCAGAUGAACUGUCGCGCGAGUCUGGCUCGCUCCCGCAGGCAGCCUCGCUGCUCUUUUGCGUGAUACUGCACAAGGAAUCUAACACGGUGGACGUGGACAUCGUGCAGAGGGAGAAGAUUGCCAGGCUUACCAAGUGGGAGAGGGCGGCGGUCUCCGCGUUCGCGGACGACAUGCUCGAUUGGUGCACCAACGACAUUUUGCGUACCACCCAAGAGGCUCUGUGCUGGACGGACGAAGAGGAGAUAUACGAUUGUUGACGUGUGUAGUCGCUCCUUCGCCCUCGCACGAUGCGUCGUGCGGCUUCACGUGUGUCUGUACUGACUUGUGUUGGUGUGCGAGAGAGAGCUGGGCUGAAACAGUGGUGCUAUUCGCGCCGUCAGGUAGCUCGGCACCAGUAAUGUCUCUGUUUGGUGUAUGUGCAGAGUCCAGUUUCCUUGUUUUUCCCUAAUAAUGUGGUAGAGGUAUGUAAGAACGAUGAGGGAGGGCGGAUCUCAAGUGGUGCGGUUGAACGCUCUCGUCCCGAGCACACUUUUCUGUUUUCCGUUUUUCGUGGUUCGUUGUUUUCUUGUCGAGAGUGUUACCAGUAUUGCAUCGGGGUGUACGAAGUUUUUGUUGAACAUGAAAAAGCAUUCGGGGAGACAAACUCAGCAAGACCAUUUGCCUGGAGUAGCAGAGGUGCGCCCCAAACCUGUUGUUGGCAGGGUAAAUAAGUAGACACGCACACGGUCAUCGUGGCCUCGAAGUAAGGUCCAGCCUGUUUGUAUUUGGACGUAUGUAUGUUGAAUUUAUA